AUGAUAUCUAGACAAUUGGCCGAACUCAGUUUUCUCCGUAAAACAUCAACAUUCAUUGUAUCGACACUCGUUACCCAACGCUCGUUACCGCGCUCAAUACAACAUCAUCUUGCCUUUGCCAUCACCGACCUACAUUUGGACUCCACAAAGGGCAAACUUUCACCAAUCAACCCACAUCUCAUGGUUCCUAAAUCGGCGAAGAAGGGCCUCCAGCGGCAACAGCCGGCACCAGGCAUCGCCCAAAGCUUAAUCGAAUCAGUCGCCGACGUUCACGAGGGCUUCGAAGAUAUGCUGAAUAACUUCGGGAAGCUUCACAUAGAAUCUCCUGAGGCAGCUAUCGAACACCCGGCAUGGCAGAAUCAUUCUUCUGGUUGGGAACUUGCCAAGGAGUUAUGCACGACAUACCAGCUUGACCGGGACGUACUGCCUUGGUGGGAGCUGGAGGUUGAUGAGCAAGUCCGAUGCAUGGGAGAUUCUGCAUGUCAGAUCUCCAACAAGGAAUUAGACAUGGCAGCUCUUGAUACUCAUUUCAUAUUAGAGCACAACAGUAAAGGACGCAUUCCUCUCACAGAGAUAUCUCCAGAUUUGGAAGAGUCACUUGCACUGGUUGAUGAGGUUUUGCCAAUCACCUCUUCCUCGGAGAGGGAAGCAGUGUCGCCGGCAAUGUCGCGCCUUCCAGGGGAGAGCGAAAUUGAUUGGCCAGGGGGUUCGCUGUAUUUCGGUGACCACUUACAGAAUCAUGAGUCUGUUCUCGAGCUCCGUGUCCCGAAAAGGGAUUUACCAAAUGAGCAACCCACAUUUGCUCCUGGAUUUGUCAGAGAAAUGAUCAUGAAGCCUGACGGCUCAAAGUUCGUCGUGACUAGCAUCCACCAUCUCACGACAUACAAGCCUAGCAAGCCAUCCUCCUUGAUAAGCUCGAAAAGAAAGUUUCACUCGACUGCAUUACUUUUACGGGCACCGAGCAGCACAGUGUUCUAUCAGAGCGUAUUCCGUGUCUGCCGUCACACCGAAAAAGUCUCAAAAGCUCCAAAUGGCACGUGA